UUGCUAAGGGUAACCGGGGAAGCUUGUUAUCUAUGAAGUUGUGGAGGUGCAAAAUCAACUAACUUACAUUAUUUGCGGCAAAAUAACAGAAAUAUAUAGACCUUUAAAUUAGAAAUAUUUGAACUUAACUGUCACAAUGGAGAUUGUCUACGUUUAUACCAAAAAAAGAAAUGAAUUUGGACGUCAGUGUAAUUUUUCUGACCGACCGGCAGAAUUACAUGUUGAUAUUGUUCCUGAUGCAACAUUGGCACAAGAUUUUGUUGAAAGAAAUCCUGUUGAUACAGCAACACAAUGUGUACAAGAAAUGUCAGAACAUGAGGUUAACACCGAAAGAUUUGAAACUAGUUCUCGAGGUAUAAAUCACACAGAAGGUGGGUGGCCUAAAGAUGUCAAUGCACAUGAAGUAGAACAAGUCACAAGAUACAGAAAGAAAGUAGAAAAAGAUGAAAUGUAUAUUGCCACAAUUCAACAACUUGGUAGUGUUAUGGAACAUUGCAUCAAACAAAAUAAUGCUAUAGAUAUUUAUGAAGAAUAUUUUGAAGAUGUAGAUGUUGAUCACGUUGAUGAAACACCAUCAGCUAAAACAAUUAAUGUCUUCAGAGAUCCUAACAGCAUUAAACGUACUGCUACUCAUAUAUCCUGGUUCCCUGAUGGUCCACGAAAAUUAGCCGUAGCUUAUUGUAAUUUAGAAUUCCAGGGUUCUUCACCAGACACAAGUAUGGACUCCUAUAUCUGGGAUGUUGAAAAUCCCAACAAACCUGAAAUGACAUUAAAACCUGUUUCACCAUUAGUUUGUUUAGAAUAUAACCCUAAAGAUUCACAUAUUCUACUAGGUGGUUGUUACAAUGGACAAAUUGCGUACUGGGAUACAAGAAAAGGAUCACAACCUGUAGAAAUGACACCUAUAGAACAGAGUCACAGAGAUCCAGCUUAUAAAGCAAUCUGGAUACAGUCCAAGACAGGUUCUGAAUGUUUCUCCACAUCUACUGAUGGUCAAGUGCUAUGGUGGGAUAUCCGUAAACUAGGAGAACCAACAGAAAAAUUAUAUCUAGACAAAAAACAAGAUUUUAGCAAGGCUCAGGGUGCUUAUAGUUUAGAAUAUGAACCAACAAUUCCAACAAAAUUUAUGGUAGGGACAGAACAAGGAACAGUUAUGUCAUGUAACAGAAAAGCAAAAACACCAUUAGAAAAAAUUGUAGCAUUAUAUUCCGGUCACAUUGGUCCAGUUUAUUCCUUACAGAGAAAUACACACUUCCCUAAAAACUUCCUAUCAGUUGGUGAUUGGACGGCAAGAAUCUGGUCAGAAGAUAUAAGGGAAUCCUCUAUAAUGUGGACAAAACAAUACUCAUCAUAUUUAACUGAUGGAUGUUGGAGUCCAAUCAGACCAUCUGUAUUCUUUAUAACAAAAAUGGACGGUACAUUAGAUGUGUGGGACAUUAUCUUAAAACAGAAUGAUCCUACACUUAGUUUACAGGUUUGUGAUGUUCCCCUACACAGUUUAAGAGUACAAGAGCAAGGUCGGUUAGUUGCGUGCGGUUCACAAGAUGGUACAACAACAUUAUUAGAAUUAUCAGAAGGCCUUUACACGUUACAGAGAAACGAGAAGAAUUUAGUAACAGCUAUGUUUGAAAGAGAAACAAGAAGAGAGAAGAUAUUAGAAGGACGACAUAGAGAAAUGAAACUGAAAGAAAGAACAAAAAGUUCACAAGAGAAAGACAGGGAAGAAGAAGUAAAGGAAGAAGAUGAAGAAACAGAAGAAGAACUUAUUGCUAAAGCUAAGAAAGAGUUUGAUAGUAUCAUUGCAGCUGAAAAGAAAAAAUCACAAGGUUUACAAGACAGUCAAGAAAAAUUUGACCAGGGCAAGACUUCACCUAUUCAAGAAGAAGAUCAAGAAAAAUCAAACUGACAUCCGGAAUCUGAUAAUAAGAAAGCUUAAAUGUGCCAGAAAAUAAUCAUUGUUCAACAUUAAUCAUCCUAAUUUGCCAUCAUUGUAAAUAUGGUCUUUAAAACAAGACAUAGAUAUCUGUGAUAUUCAACUGGUUCACAAAUUAUUUUAUUUCUAACUCUGUUGAUAAUUUUAUUAUGUAAAAUAAAUGAGAUUGGGUGGGCAAUGAAUGCUAAUUAAAGUAACUUACGAUUUUAAAAAAUUCUGAGAAUUGUAUUUGUUAAAUUUCGAAAAAUCAAAAUAACUAUCUCGAAAGGGGAGGAAACUCAAAGGGAAAUAACUAUGAUUGAAUUAUUGUUAUAUAUUAUUAUAUUAUUUAUUUGUUACCGAUUUUUACCUCCUUUAUGUGUUAACAUUAUAAUUCAGUACAAUACAAUUAAAACUUUCAUCAACCAUUUAUAA